UCCUCUGUCAACGACUGCGACGAGAACAAGCGCACGCCCCUCCACAUCGCAGCGUCGGAGGGCAACCUGGAAAUCGUCAAGUACCUCGUCGCCUCCAACGCAGACGCCAACAGCAAGGAUGCGUUCCACAACACUCCCCUCAACGACGCUGUUCAGCACGAGCAUGACAAUGUCGCCUCCUUUCUCCGC